AUGGCAUCAAGCAAUCCACAACCCACAAAAUGGACAAACAUAAACAUUGAGCAACAGAGUCACAAACAAGGACAGAAUCUAGAAACAUUUGCUCUCUUAUGGCUCGAUCAGAAUGUGAAUGAAAGCAAAGACAAUUUAGAAACACAAGCACAAUUGCGGAGAUCCAUCAACUGUUUAUUGACGUUUGAAAGUGGAAAUGAGUGUGAAGAACAUAUUCGAGAAAGGAAAGAUGAAAAGAUUGUUCUAAUCGUGUCUGGUCGAUUAGGCAGAGAGAUUGUCCCGAGAGUUCACGAUUUACCCCAGUUAAGCGCCAUCUAUGUCUACUGUAUGGAUCAAACAACGAAUAAAAGAUGGGCAAAAUCUUAUAAAAAGCUCAUCAAAGAAUCGUCAAACACAAACAUCAGUCGAUUAUAUCGAGGUCAAGUGAUGUCAAAAGAUGAGCUUUCUCGCAUUCGUUCAAGUAUUGGCGAAUUCAUCUCGAUAAACUCCUUUCUAUCCACAACUCGUAGUCGGAACAAGGCACUUGGUUUUGCUCAAAGUACUCGGUGUGACGCUGAGUAUGAACGUGUUCUCUUCAACAUUAAAGUUGAGAGUCGAAUAAAAACAAAAUCGUUUGCCGAUAUUUCUCGAUUGAGUUAUUUCCCUGGUGAGGAAGAAAUUCUGAUUAUGCUCGGUUCCAUCUUUCGACUAGAAAGUGUUCACUAUGACAAAGAACAGCAAAUCUGGCUGGCUAAUUUAGAUUUAUGUAACGAAGAUCAUCACGAUUUGAAACAAGUGUUUGACCAUAUGAAGAAAGAGAUGGGGAGUGAAACCACUGUCAUUUCACUUGGAAAUUUGUUCCGCGUAAUGGGUGACUUGGACAAGGCCGAAAAGUAUUAUAAACGGUUGUUAAAUGAGCUCGCCGUGAGUGAUUCCGUCAUUCCUGACUGUCACACAGGACUGGGUGAUGUUGCCAGAGAGAAGGGUGAAUAUUCUUUAGCUUUGAUGAAUUACGACAAAGCAUUGAAAAUCAAAGUAAAAGCUCUUCCAUCCGAUCACCCUGAUAUCGCCGCCACAUCUAACAAUAUCGCUAAUGUACAAGCUGACAAAGGUGAAUAUAAUUUAUCUUUGACGAAUUAUGAAAAAGCAUUGAAAAUCUUCUUAAAAGCUCUUCCACCCAAUCACCCUAAUAUCGCAAAUACAUAUAACAAUAUCGGUGUUGUGCAGUGGAACAAAGGUGAAUAUGAUUUAGCUUUCAUUAAUUAUGACAAAACAUUGAAAAUCUUCUUAAAAGCUCUUCCACCCGAUCACCCAGAUAUCGCCGAAGCAUAUAACAAUAUCGGUCUUGCGCAGUGGAACAAAGGUGAAUAUGAUUUAGCUUUGAUUAAUUAUGACAAAACAUUUAAAGUCAGAGUGAAAGCUCUUCCAUCCGAUCAUCCUGAUAUCGCCCAAACAUAUAACAAUAUCGGUCUUGUGCAGUGGAACAAAGGUGAAUAUGAUUUAGCUUUCAUUAAUUAUGACAAAACAUUGAAAAUCUUCUUAAAAGCUCUUCCACCCGAUCACCCAGAUAUCGCCGAAGCAUAUAACAAUAUCGGUCUUGCGCAGUGGAACAAAGGUGAAUAUGAUUUAGCUUUGAUUAAUUAUGACAAAGCAUUGAAAAUCUACUUAAAAGCUCUUUCACCCGAUCACCCUCAUAUCGCCGCCACAUAUAACAAUAUCGCUAAUGUACAAUAUGACAACGGUGAAUAUGAUUUAGCUUUGAUUAAUUAUGACAAAGCAUUGAAAAUCUACUUAAAAGCUCUUCCACUCGAUCACCCUGAUAUCGCCACCACAUAUAACAAUAUCGGUAUCGUGCAGUGUAACAAAGGUGAAUAUGAUUUAGCUUUGAUGAAUUAUGACAAAGCAUUGAAAAUCAGAGUGAAAGCCCUUCCACCCGAUCACCCUGAUAUCGCCGCCACAUAUAACAAUAUCGCUAAUGUACAAGAUGACAAAGGUGAAUAUGAUUUAGCUUUGAUGAAUUAUGAGAACGCAUUGAAAAUCUUCUUAAAAGCUCUUCCACCCGAGCACCCUGAUAUCGCCGGCACAUAUAACAAUAUCGGUGUUGUGCAGUGGAACAAAGGUGAAUAUGAUUUAGCUUUGGUGAAUUAUGACAAAGCAUUGAAAAUCAGAGUAAAAGCUCUUCCAUCCGAUCACCCUGAUAUCGCUUCUACAUACCGUAGUAUGGGACUCGUGCAUGAAGCAACUUGUACUUGGCAAUCAGCAUUAGAAUAUCAUAACAAAGCAGCAGGAAUAAGACGCAAGUCGCUUGCAACAACGCAUCCACAGAUGGUAACCACUGAGAGCGACAUUCGAAGAGUGAAAGCUCAAUUAAAGUAG